GUGUGCCCUUUUGUCCCAAUCCAAAUAGAUCUAACCGGCUUCCUGUAUUGGAGUCUCUCCCCUUGUCAAUAAUGCGCAUGGGAAGAAAUUUUGACUGAUAACUUGAAUAUACGUCGGCCCUAUUGCGACAAAUACAUUUUAAAAUCGUAGAUUCCAAUAAAGAUCCGAAUCUAGGAUCUCGAUCUAUUAGAAGCAAUGGCAGAUUCAAGUCUGGACGACUUUUUUGCCAAAAAAGACAAAAGUAAAAAGAAAUCUAAACCAAAAUCUGGUGGUGGUGAUGUGGAAGCAAAUACGAAUACAUCAAUGAAAUCUACAAGUACAAAGACUAAAGAUAAAAAAACGAAAGACAAGGACAAGCUGCACUCAACUAGUGGAACAUUAAAUAUUUUGACAAAUCAACAGGAGGAUGAGGAAUGGAAAGAUUUUGAGGAAGAAAAAGAAAAAGACUACUCAGGUCUCCGCAUUCAAAAUUUGCAGAUAACUAAAGAACAGGAUGAUAGGGAAGCAGCAGAUUCUAUCGACAAUGGUGAUGAUGAUGAUAGAGAUAACAAGGACAGACGAGAUGGGGCAUCUGGGCCAUGGAAUAAAUCAAACACACUUUCAACAACAGCACCAGUCCAAGUACAAAUCCACCAUCAUGAGCCAGAUAGGGAAGAAACAACGCCUAAAGCUCCUGCAAAAUAUGUUCCUCCUGCACAAAGACACACAGCUCAUUCUUCAGUAAAUACACCUAAUUUCCCUUCAUCUCGUAAGAAAAAAGAGGCACCAAAUGUCAAUAGUGAAGAAGAUUUUCCUACCUUGGGUGGUGCAUCUACUACUGGAAAAAGCCUUCAGUACAGUAAUACAGCCUCUUCAGACCUCAUUGAGAACCCUCAUCAGAGAAAAAGUGUAAACCUGACAUUGGAAAACAAAUUUUCAGCAUUGCAAGAUUGAUUAUUGUACAAUAUAAUAAAAGUGUACUACUGUGUUAAACCAGCGUAAAUUAAUUAUAACAUAGCUUAUUACAUUGUGGACUAUUAUUUCUGUUCAAAUUUUUCUUUCUUUUAAUAAAAAAAAUUUUCUAACAAGAAAGCUCAUGAUGCUCACUUAAAUUUGAAUUAAAAAAAAAAAAAAGACAGUAUAAACAUAAACAACUAAUCAUACUUUUAGAGGGAAGAAUUUAGUCGACUGUACUGAUUUAUUUUUGUAAUUAAAUAAAAAAUUAAUGGUUGAAACUAG